GUAAGUGCUGCGUACAACACCUCAGCCUCAAUUAGUGCAAUAUAAAAUACGCUUUUAGUCACAAUGUGAAGCAAAACAAAGCGGAUCUCAGCACACGAAACAACACCUGCAGGCCAGCAUUCAUUAGCACUCAAAAAAUCAAUGAAUGACAACAACGCUCAGUCACAAGAUUCACUGUCGCCGUCGUCGUCCAUCGAAUAGCUCAGCGACUACCUCCCCACAAAAGGCUUAAAACCUUUCCAGAACUCGAACAUUGCCCCACACCGCACAUGUCUGUCCCAGUGUAAACUUCUAUGCUUUUGAUCAGAAGAGGCUCAUCGUGAACUGGCAAUCAAUUAAGAGGCACACCAACACAAUCAGUUUUUGGGUCUAGCUGCACUUGACCCCCAACAAUGGCCGAGGGCGACUACAGAGAGCAUGUGGAGCGAACUGAGCUUCCGGCCCCGAUGAUUUCCCGCAAAGAAGUCAGCAUUUGGGCUAUUCUGAAGAACUGCAUUGGCAAGGACCUGAGCAAGAUCACCAUGCCAGUCAUGCUCAAUGAGCCGCUGAGCUUCCUCCAGAGACUCUGUGAGUACAUGGAGUACGCCGAACUAUUGACCGAGGCGGCGCAGCAGGAAUCGCCGGCGGACCGGAUGAAAUACGUUGCGGCCUUUGCCGUAUCAGCAUUAGCCUCUAACUGGGAGCGACUGGGCAAGCCGUUCAAUCCGCUCCUCGGAGAGACCUACGAGCUGCAGCGAGGCGAUUAUCGCAUUGUCUGUGAACAGGUAUCCCACCAUCCGCCGGUAUCAGCAUUUCACGCCGAGUCCAAGGACUUUAAGUUCCAUGGCACCAUUAAUCCCAAAAUCAAGUUCUGGGGCAAAAGCGUUGAGGUUAAUCCCAAAGGAACAGUCACCGUUGAGUUUCCCAAAUGGAAUGAAACCUAUAGUUGGACCAAUGUGAACUGCUGCGUCCACAACAUAAUCGUGGGCCGACUGUGGAUAGAGCAGUAUGGAAAAAUGGAGAUCUCCAAUCAUUCCACCGGCCAUGUGGCUAGCCUCACCUUCAAGUCAGCCGGAUCCGGAGCCAAGAACUUGCAUCGUGUUGAGGGAUUCGUUCGAGACUCAAGUGACACCAAUCUUUUCUUUCUGUAUGGCAAGUGGACCGAGUUUAUCAAAUGCUGUUCGGCUGAGUCCUAUAGUCAGUACUUGAAACAGGGAACCCGGAAGAACGAUGACUUCGAUGGCUCGCCGAAUGGAACACCAAAGAAAAUGUUCUCGAAACUGAACAGCUUCAAGCUGAACUCCUUCCGCAGCCUGUCGAUCCAAGACAAUGAAAGCUAUCCGCCCAUGGAGCAAGAGGGCGACAUACCAAAGAGUGACUCUGCAUACUCGAUUGAUAUUCCGGACUCCACCACCUUGUGGAGCUGUAAGCCCAGACCUUCCAACUGUAACGAGUAUUACCAGUUUACGCAUUUCGCGCUUCAGCUAAACGCUAUGGAUAAUAAUAUGAAACCACCGCUAACUCUAUGCCCUACCGAUUCGCGACUGCGACCUGAUAUAUUAUACCUAGAAGACGGAAACCUGGAUGGGGCGUCCAAGGAGAAGACUCGCCUCGAAGAGAAGCAAAGGCAUACACGAAAACAAAGGAAAUCCGCCAACAGUGAUGACUGGACACCGAAAUGGUUUAAGUACGUAAUUAACCCCCACACCAAAACCGAGGAUUGGCUGUAUAGUGGAGGCUAUUGGGACCGCAAAUACGAGAACACCGAUACGAUAUUUUAGAUACAUUUUGUAGAACGCUUAUAUGCUUACGGUACAUAGAUAUAUUUGUAAAAAGUUUGCGAGUUGUUUAAACUUAGGAGUCGUUACUAAUAACUGGAUAAUUGUACAUAGUACGAAACUGUACUAAUGAUUGGAAACCAUAGCACUCUCCAUAUCUAUUCGAUACGAAGCUAUACUCUCAAUUUAUUUACAUAGCGAAGUUGUGCUUAAAAAGGGUACUCUUACUGUUUAAUUCUUUAUUAUUUUAGGAAGAAACUGACCUAGAGAUUCCCAGCCAUAACUCUCCAUUUACAUUUAUAUUGCCAAAAAAACUCUUUAUUUUGGUACGAAACUGUUCUAAAAUUAUACCAUUCUCCAUAGCAAAAUAAAGGUUGCCCAUUUACUGUCCAUUUCAGUACAAAACUGUGCUAAAAACGGAUAAUUUUCUUCCCUUCAAUUCAACAAACCGUGCUCCUUACGAAACUUUAAUAGGGGUUUCCAAUUAUUACUGUCAAUUUCGUUUCCAUUUUAGAAUGAAACUGCUUUAAAAUUAUUGCCAAUUAUAAACAGCCCGUUUCCUUCCAUUCGCAAGAUCUCCCAUCAGGUGAUUCUAAGAUAUGAAAGAGUUGAUCAAACCGCACAAGCAUCCUUGGAAACGCAUACAUUUAGUUGAGAGCGCUUACCCUUGGUAGUAUUUAUGUGCGUGUAUACAUAGUUGUUAAUUCGCGGCGAUUCCAUAAAAAGCAAUUAAAAUGUUAUUCAGUUGUUUGUUGCACUUAAA